AUGCAUGAUUAUAGUCAACAUCAUAUCCAAUACGACCUGCAUCAUGCAGCAACAACAGGCAACGUUGGACUUGUGAAAUUCGCACUUGAUCAUGGAGCAGCGAUCGACGCCAUUGUGAAUGGGUUCAUGCCGCUUCAACUUGCAUGCGUCAGUGACAAUAACCUUGCAGCUGUACAGUAUCUCAUUGAUCGUGGGGCACAAGUGAAUGCUCAAAGAUGGACCACUAAACGAGGGAUUGAAUCAUCAGGAUCAACAGCACUGCAUGUGGCCUGUGCGAAUGGAUGCAUCCGGAUUGUUGACUUGUUACUACGCAAUGGUGCUACCAUCCAUGUCAAGGACAAGUAUGGAUCAACUCCUCACGACGUUGCUAUUGCCAAGCAUCACAUGGAUAUUGUAAGACUUCUUGACACAGCCGCACAUCGAUUACCACUAUCAUCAUCAUCAUUUACUGAGCCUCUUCGGCUGGAUAAGCCGUUACCGAUACCGAUUCGACCACCACCACCGCAUACCACCACUACCACAUCAUCAUCAUCCGCACCCGAACUCGCCCAUACAGCAUCAUCAAGUAGAUCUUCAAGUGGUUAUUCCGAUGACCUUCUUGAUUGGUACGCUGUUGGUAUUGUAGCCAACAAAAACCAAGAUGAAUGUUAUCUACAAUCGCUUGAACGUAGAUUGAGUGGCUCCUUUGACAGUGGUUUCCUUCGUUCAUCAUGCUUUAUCGAUUAUCAGCAUCAUCACUACUUGCCUCCCAUCCCAUCUUCUUCUCCACCACCACCACCACUUCCACCAAAAGAUGACUUUUAUACAACUCAGCAUCGACGACGAUCAUCAUCAUCCAAUUUUACCAUGCAUCCUACUUCAGCACUCGCUCUCACUCUCGAAUCCCUUGAUCGUGUCUCUCGUAAAGUGAUGGAAAUUCGCAAGAACAAUUUCGGUAAUGCUAUACGUCGACAAGAGCAAGACACCAAAGAAAGCCAAACGUUUUACACUCGAAUGGCUCGUUCAUGGAAAAAGUUGACCAAGCGGCUAAGCUGA